UCCCAUUCAUGGUUUCCUAUAAAAAGGUAUAAGCCCUUCUCUCUUAUCCAAUCCUCUUCUCUCCACUCUUCCUUGUGAGUAGUUGUAGUGGUGGCAGAAUCAGGCAUGGACGACCCAGUUCCAACCUCUUCUUCCCUUCCACUUGAGGGGCGGGUGGCCAUCGUUACUGGCGCCUCACGCGGGAUUGGACGAGCAAUCGCCAUCCACCUCCGGUCUCUUGGUGCCAGACUGGUGCUCAAUUAUGCAUCCAACUCCGCCCUAGCUGACGCCCUUGCAUCUCAGCUCAAUUCCCCCGAUUCUUCUUCUUCUCAUCCUGUAGCUAUUGCAGUCCAGGCCAAUGUCUCCGACCCAGACCAAGUCAAGAUGCUCUUUGAUCGGGCACAACAGGAGUUCGGUUCAAUCCAUAUCCUUGUCAACUGUGCUGGGGUUCUGGAUCCUAAGUACCCAUCUCUAGCCAACACCACUGUGGAGGACUGGGACAAUACUUUCAGCAUUAACACCAGGGGCUCAUUUCUGGUAUGUCGAGAGGCAGCCAAUCGGUUGAUCCGCGGGGGUGGAGGUAGAAUCAUAUUAAUAACUACAUCCGCUGUUGCGGCACUCACACCUGGGUAUGCAGCCUAUGCAGCCUCCAAGGCGGCUGUGGAGACCAUGACCAAGAUCCUAGCUAAGGAGCUCAAGGGCACCAGCGUUACCGCCAAUUGUGUUGCUCCGGGACCUAUAGCCACCGAGAUGUUCUUUGAGGGUAAAAGUGAAGAGCUGAUAAAGAGAUUGGUGGAUGCAUGUCCUAUGGGUCGUCUUGGGGAGCCCAAGGAUGUUAUCCAGUUGGUGGGUUUCUUGGCUACUGAUGCCGGAGAGUGGAUCAACGGCCAGAUCAUUAGGAUUAAUGGUGGAUUUGCUGUUUAAUCCAUUACAUGUAUACACCCUAUUCUCUGCUGCUUCUGAGUCUUCUUCAUCCGUUUCUGUCUCUUCCCAUGUCUUUAAUCUCUAUAAUAAAAGCUGAAUUUCAUUUGCGUGUGUGCAAUUUUUGUUGCA